AUGAAUAGUAAAAGCACCACAACAGACAGUUACAAAUUAUCAAACAAGAAUAGAUCAGAUGAAGUAGAGAAAGAAAACGUUACGGAUGAAUCAUCUGCCACUGAUCACACAUCUCCUCAAAUGAGACAAGUGAUUGAUGCAUCAACUGAUAAUAUAAUUGAUCCGCAUUAUUAUGUCUCCAAUGGUCAUAAUAACGGAGAAACAGGAGAUAAUAGAAUGGAAGAUGGUCAAAAACUAAACUCAGAAAAGGGAAGCACUGGACAGCUUGAUAACCAUCAAGAAGAAGAUAAGGACAGUAAAUCUGAUGGAGAAUUAGAGCCAUCCAAUGCCAUAGUGAGAUUUUUAAGAAAUAUAAAAUGCAAUCAUCCGCUGGCUUUCAACAGAAUUUUUGCUGCUGUGUCUAUUAUACUCUUUGUAAUUGCCACACAAAUGCCACUUUAUGGUAAGACCUUGCUGUGUCUACUGGAGUUAGUAAUUAUAGCAGUAAAUUAUAUAGCGGGAGACAUACAUGCUCUUAGUGAAACUUAUUACUUAUUUUACUGGCUACUAGUAGCUUUCUUUUCGCUGAUUACUUGGCCAAUUGCUAUAUAUGCUUGUGUUCUCGGAUUUAUUUUCAUGUCUUCUAAAUUAGCAGCAAAAUCUGAAAGAAGAAAGGAUUAUUUAGGUCUUAUCAUAUCUGUUCUUGGAACAGUUUUUAUUAUCGUCAUGUCGUUCAUAUUUACUGGCUGGGUUCAACUAGUAAAGCCUAACAUGACAUGUGUAUCUGUAGUGUCAUUACUUUUUUUCAUGACUACAUUUUGCAAUAUAGGAUUUGUUUACAAAUUAGUUAAUAUUGUAAAAAUUUAUAUUGAUAUAAAGUUUUAUAAUAGUAUUAAGAAGGCACAUGAUAAAAGAAUAGAUAUAAAAAACCAAGAACUAGCUAAAUUGAAUAGUAAAGGAGUAUCUCAGAACAAAGAGAAAAUAGAUGAACUAAAAAAAGAAAUUGAAACUUUGAAAGAAAAUCUGAAAUAUGUUGAAGAUGAGGUUGGUUAUAAUAUGCAUUUAGAGGAAACAAUUUAUUUAGAUGAACCAUAUAAACUAUUAGUAUAUGAUGCAAACUGCUGGGUGCUAAAAUCUCUCAGCAAGUACUGGUUCAUUGUUCUUCCUGUUCUAUCAAUUAUUGCGGGAACAGGAUUUGUGUUCAUGACCUGUUAUCUCAAUUCAAAGAUGCCUGUAGGUGAAUAUAUUCCUGUAUUCUUCCAGAAAUUAAAGGACAGUUUGUUCCUAGGGAGCAGAGUCAUUUCAAACACUUCCGCUUAG